AAUAUCGCUUAGUUCUAACAUUCCAUGGUGUGGUAAUUCUACCGGGUACCCCAAGAUAAAGACUUGCCGUAGAGUAGUCCUUAGGUGGUCUCCAACAGGCCUUAUCAGUGUUGACCCCACUCCGCUCUUCGCAGAAGCUCCUAGUAGAAAACAAGAUCGAAUGCCCGGGGUUUUUUUUUUCUUUCUUAUCUAUUUCUUUUCAUAUAACCUGAACCUGCUGCUGAUCAUAUAUAAGCCGGUAACAGUGCCAUUGGCUUCUGCCAAACCACAACACAGUCUGGGUUUGCCCUUGCAUUAUUCCAGGGUUAUAGGAACGUCUACCGACACAGAUAGAAAGCGCUCUUGCUUCUGCUGCAUUCCCUCAAUUGAGAAUACCUUCCUAUAAAUAACAGAAGGCUAUUGGUUUAUCUCUACGCCGCUAGACCUUGGC